AAGAUAUUUCGAAGAUGAAGAGGCAAAAAAGACGAAAGAGAACGAUGUACUUCUAAGAAAUGAAAAGAGAAAAUGAUCAGAAGAGGUGCUGGAAUUGGUAUAAUAUUUCUUGUCGGUCAGUUGAUGCAGACUGGUCUGGAGAAUAUUCCCUCUGUUACACUGGCAAUAAUUUUAUUAAACUCUGCAGUGUAUCUUAGACUAUUCAACAAUUUGCCCUCUGUUAAUAAAGCUUGUAUAAGUUAUGCUCAUGUCAUGUAUGGUCAAGAUUGGAAUCGAAUUAUUCUAUCGCCAUUUUAUCAUUUGGACGAUAUUCAUUUAUAUUAUAAUAUGACUUCAUUCUUGUGGAAAGGAAUGAUACUUGAACGAAAACUUGGUUCUUUUGGCAUGUUGUAUCUUCUUUCAGUCUUCUCGAUUUUAACAGGCAUUGUGUUGUUAUGCAUUGACUAUUGCCUUGCAAUGUUAUUGAAUGAUUUUUCAUAUCUUCACACAUGUGCAGCAGGGUUUUCUGGAGUAAUAUUUGCUCUCAAAGUUGUCACAACUUAUAAUCUUCCCAUGUCAAGUAUGACAAACGUUUUCCUCUUUAAUGUACCAAGUCGUUUCGCGUGUUGGGUUGAACUUGUUCUUAUUCAAGUUGUCGCACCAGCAACCUCUUUUACAGGUCAUCUUGCUGGAAUUAUUGUUGGUUUACUUUACGUCACUGGACCAUUAAAACAGAUCAUGAAUUUUAUGGGAAAUAUCAUCAUGGGAACACCAGUGAGACAACUGUACAGAUCUCGUCCAUCGUAUACUUAUCAUUCUCAACAGUCAGGUUAUCACUCCAUGGCAGAUGAAGAUGAUCAACUUCAAACAGCUAUUGAUGAAAGUUUAAAUGAUUUUAGACAACAUAACCAACAAACUUUAAAUUCUAAUCACCCUGUUUCAAAUGAAGACAUUAGACAAAGGCGACUGAGGCGAUUUCGAAAUUAGUGAAUAAAAUAUAGUUAACAUUUUUGUCAUCGUAAA